UAUCCUGCAUUAUUUGGGGAUAAAUCAAAGAGUCAAGAAAAAAAGAUCUUUUACUGGGAAAAACUGUUUGAUUGCUUGGAAAAGAUAGCAGUUUGAGUUCUUGAGGUCAAAUUCAUCAUAUUUCAUUUCUUGUUGUUAAUGUCAUUGUGGUGUUGUAUCGUUGUACUGUUUAAGUGUAAAGUUCUGUGGAGUUUUGUAUUUCAGUGCACCUGAGGUAAACGUCCUCCUUUUGUAGAUAUUUUCACUGAGGGCUUUUGUACAAGCUUCUCUUUACAAACACCUCAAUAUCCCUUUGCACAUAAACACAGAGGAAGGUGGAGUGCUGUCAGGCUAUAAAGCAUAAAGUCUCAGAUUUGGAUUUGCUUCCACUGAGACCCCAACAAAGCAGAGCAGAGGCAGCGUGAGACAUGAAAGGUGUUAUUGUGCUGUUCUGCGUGUGGCCACUGGUGCUCUCGCAGCAGGGACGCUCGUUCUCAUGGGACUCAUCAGGAGUAACUCCAGCUCCAGAUGUCAUUAAUCCAUGUCUGACUGACCAGGACUCAUGUAGCUGUUGUGUGAUGCUGAGAAAAAAAUGGGAAUUAGAAAGAUUUUUAAACACCAGUCUGAAUUCACUGGAGGAUUCGCUGGCGAAAGCACAGACCACUCUCAAAAACAUCAGAGAGAAUCGAGUGGCAUUUUCUGUGGGUCUAGCCGACAAGAGACGCUGUGUUGGUCCGGUGAAGACAGCCAUAAAUGUGACCUAUCAGAGCAGCUUUAUCAACAUUGGAGAAGCCUAUAAUUCCACCACUGGUGUGUUUACUGUGCCGAGAUCAGGUGUGUACAAUCUGGCAUUAACCGCAUUCAGUGACGCAGGGUCACCGGGCGCACCUCUGGCCAUCUGUGUCAGUAUCAGGCAGAACGGUGUGGCGCUAGCAGCACUCAAGGAAAAAAACGAUCAAGACCAAGAAGACCAGGCCACUGUUGUUAUACUCGCUGACCUCCGCGUAGGAGACCGCAUUACCGUCAGUCUCCAGCCUGGCUGCUGGCUAUGUGGGGAUCAAAAUCAUUAUAAUACAUUUAGUGGAUUUCUGCUGUAUGCUACAGAGUAGAGCACACACACAGAUAUUUACAGAUGCUUUAUUAGGGAGGACUCUCAGGUUUUCCUACUGAGAUUGUGUUAUUCCUUUCCCCUUAAUCUCACCCCCUCCUUUUAGACAUUAUUAGAUUUAAGGAAAAUUCUAAUAACGCUUUUCCAAAAAGGCUAUAUACGCAAUGCAAUGUACAUCUGAAUGUUUUCCACAUAUGCAAUGGCUAGACAAAUGUAAAUGCGUUUGUUUGGAAAUUUCCGAUCUAGUCUUGAACCUGUAGUCAGUUAUGCAUUGUGAUGUAAACCAAAGUAGUCAUCGAAUUUGCAUUCAUAUGUCAGCAUCAUGCAAACCCCACCCACUAUCAUAAUAACACCUCUCUUAUAUAUAUCUAUAUAUUGCAUGAAGAAAUGAGAUCUCAUCAGUUACAAAAAGAUAUAUAGGCUACAGGUGUGGAAAAAUGUGUUCUGGGUAAUUGUCUAUUAUAGUAUAACUGUAAUAGCAUGUUAAUGACACGUGUAUAA